AUGCUGCUGCCGGAGAGUGUGAGCAUUUGCUUCCCCAAGAUGCUUUCCUGGAAGUCGUUUGCUAAUCGUGGCCACUGCAUGUCUAGGCAUUGCGCGAAAUUCUGGGAUGUGGACGAAGCCUUUGCUGCAGCAACUGCGCAUGCUGAUGCUGUGAACCACAGCGCCGCCAGAGACUUGAUUGUCUUUCACGUGGGCACGGACCGCGACUUCCUCAGCGACAGCAUCCGCAGCGAGUGCUUGGCAAGAUGUGAAAAUUCUGUGCUCGGCGUUUUGAGACAAGUGUCCGACAUCUUACUGCACUUUGAUGUAAAGGCGCCAUUUACAUACGUGGACGCAGGGGCAACCCUGGGAGAGUGUAUGCUGUCGGCUACCUUCAUGGUGCCCGAAGGUCGCUUAAGGGGUUUGGCAUUCGAGGCGUUGCCCAAGUGGGCGAAGCGAAUCAAGGAUACCCUACGUAUCAAUGGCAUCGCUGCUUCUGGGAGCCACAACAACACGCAGGUGGUGCUUAAGAAUGUGGCUUUGGGCUCUAUGCGUUCCAAGAUGCUUGGAUCAUUCGCCGUUGGAGGCUUCGUAGCCGGGGCCCGCGGAAACAUUCUUGCAAGAAGCUCUACCCUGGAUCAUGAAGUUGCCUCACAUCUGGGCCGGGAGGAGACUGUUGAUCUACUGCACAUCUUCGUGAACUCCUGCGAGCCAGCUGUUCUAAAGGGUGCCAGGCAGCUCCUACUGGAUCGCCGCGUGGGCUGCGUGCUUGUGCAAGUAUAUGAUCGAGAAUCAAUGUCUGCUGUCGUGAAGGGACUCCUCCGCAAGGUCGGCUACGCUGUGACAAACCACAGUCUUCGAUCAGGCUGGUCGGGCUCAUCCUACGUGGCAGGUAGCCCUUCCGAUGCCCUCGCCCAGUCGGAGGGGAUGCCCUGUGACCGACGCUUCUUCCAGCGGUGGCUGCGU